AUGCCGACCGAGCUAGAAAGCGUAAGAACGCGACAAAUUGUCGCCUUGCGGACCAUGAUCAACUUAAAUGAGCCAGUUAUCAGCUCAGGAGUCAAAGAACCUGUAAUUCUCCAUUCUGUGUGGAAGAUUUUGGUUCUCGACAAGGCUGCUCAAGAUAUUAUCUCUCCACUUCUUCCAGUCAAACAACUCAGAGAUCUGGGAGUCACACUUCAUCUACUUCUCGGAGCUCGCCGUGAGCCACUUACCGAUGUUCCAGCUGUGUAUUUUGUAUCUCCCACUGAUGAAAACAUUGACUUGAUGAGCGAGGAUCUCAAAAAAGCAAUGUAUGAUUCAUUCUACUGCAAUUUCAUCUCUCCACUUGCUCGUCCUCGAUUGGAAUCUCUUGCUUCUGCAGCUGUCCAUGGUGGAGCUGUUGCUCAAGUACAGAAGGUAGUGGACCAAUACCUUAAUUUCAUCUCACUGGAAGAUGAUCUUUUUGUUCUCCGUCGCUACAACGAGAAUAGCACUUUCUCCUAUUUCUCAAUGAACUCACCAGGAACAUCUGAAGUUACCGUUAACGCUAUGCUCGAUUCAGUUGCCGAUGGUUUGUUUGCAGUUUGUGCUACAAUGGGAAUCGUCCCAAUUAUCAGAUGCCCGAAAGGAAAUGCAGCAGAAAUGGUUGCAAAGAGGCUAGAUCAAAAACUUAGGGAUAAUCUGAGAGACUCCCGUAAUAACUUGUUCACAAUGGAUGGUGUUCGGAUGGGUCUCCUACAAACAACUCGUCCACUUAUGGUGAUUGGUGAUCGCGGUGCCGAUCUUGCAACAAUGCUUCAUCACACGUGGACCUAUCAGGCCCUGAUGCACGAUGUCUUGGAACUCGACCAAAACCGUGUAACAAUUACCAAUUCUGGUAAAAAGAAGGAAUACGAUAUGGGAACCGGAGGAACGGACAAACUAUGGAAGAAUCACAAGGGAAGUGCAUUCCCAGCUGUGGCUGAGGCAGUUCAAGGGGACCUGGAUGCUUACAGAAGCAGUGAGGAAGAAAUUAAACGAUUGAAGCAGGCGAUGGGUAUGAGUGGAGAAAGUGAUGCUGCUGAUGAAGCCAUGACGACUCUUCUCGCCGAUACUACUGCUAAACUUGGAUCUACUGUUACUAGUCUCCCCCAACUGCUUGAAGCUAAGCGACUUAUUGACUUGCACACAAAUGUUGCCACAACUCUGCUUGAUGUGAUUAAAGAAAGAAAGUUGGAUGUGUUGUUUGAACUUGAGCAAAAACUGUUGCAACAUUCUCCACUCGGUAUGUUUGAAAGCUUUGAGAGCUUUGAAAUUAAUCACAAAUACUUUAUAGACCAACCCGUAACACAAUUUCUGGGAAGCAUUAGUAAUCAGGAAGACGUUCUCCGUGUACUGAUUAUCGCCUUCCUAUGUCAAGAAACUGUGAAUCAGAAGAGCUACGAGGAGAUGAUGAGCUUGCUCCGUGAGAAAGGAAUUGAAGAAUCAGCAUUGAAACAAGUACAAAAGCUCAAGUAUGUCGAAAUUCUUUGUAAAAUUACUGAUCGGACCAUUUUCAGAUCGAUUUCCCAACUCGGUUCUCGUUUAGCCAGUUCAUCUCACACGGAAGAACAUCAAGGAGCUGGAACAAAAACAAUAGGAAUGUUCAAUAAAUUACUGAACCAUGGAUCGAAAUUCGUAAUGGAAGGAGUCAAAAAUCUUGUUCCAAAAGCACAUCAUCUUCCGCUGACCAAACUGGUUGACACACUCAACACGCCUCCAUCAUCUGCUGGAAUUUCGGCUGUUGGAAUCAAUCAAAUGAUGGGAGGAUCAUCGCAAGCACCGGAUAUCGAUGAGACGUAUUGCUUCUUCGACCCAAAGUUGAUGCAUCAGCCGACCAAAGAGUUUGUUUUACCUUUUUCUAAGAUUACUGUGAAAGUGUUUUGCAGAACGAUCGCAUUGGCUCGACAACAAGCGGCUCAAGACAUUGUUCUCUUUGUUGUGGGUGGAGGAAAUUAUGUAGAAUAUCAGAAUCUCGCAGAUUACGGUAUGCUUCUUUAUUUCUUUUUCCUUUCUCUUCGCCCAAUUAUCUUUUUUUUAGGGAAAAGCAAGAACCUAAUGCGAGUAACGUAUGGAUGUACAGAACUUGUCAACCCAACUCAAUUCUGCGACCAGGUUCGUCCCCUCUCAUAG